UGAUGUUAGGCUUCGUAGUUCGGAGAGCUCCACCUCUGAGGGCGCACGGAGUGGGUGGUUUUCUGAGCACACAAGCUCGCGGGACUCGCACACACGCACGGAGAUAUUAUGGACUGCAACCUGCUGCGUCCCUCCGCACUCUAGACGCUUCUUACCUGCAGGAGUCAGAGCGCCGCCGACACGUUGCUGUCAUUAACCGUGGGAGGCGGAGGCGCUGGUUUCAGUAGGAUGGCUUCUGGCAGCGGCGCAGCGCUCUUCGCUGAACGGUUCCCGCUGGCCGAGGAGUAGCGGGGCGCUCAGAAUAAACCCCUCACAUGGUGCGCUUUAUCCAGGAGCGGCAAGCGGCGCUGCGGGGAGCAGAAAUGAGAGCAGGAGCGGCACUUUUAUGCGUCUUUUCCUUUAGUGGGUAUUUCAAAUGGCUUGACACGGGACUUCUGCCCUGCUUUUGAUCAACAGCUUCGACCGAUAAGCAGCGUCCUCGGCUGGACUUUGGUUAGCGUUGCGCGCACGUCGCGUUCGGAUAGGCGACUGAAACCCCCAAGCCGGGCACCAUAAACGGGACUGCGGAGAGCACCGCGGGGACGGCACCAUGACCAGCUGCCUGCUUGCCUUGGUCGGAGUGUGGUGGAGCGCUCACUGCUGCACGUACGCGGCGGCCGGGAGUCACUACUCACUGGAGGGCAACGGCGAGGGGCAGCCGGGCUUCGUCCACCGGCGGCUGCGGACGCACGAAAAGAGGGAGAUGCAGAAGGAGAUCCUGUCCGUCCUGGGGCUGCCGCACAGACCGCGGCCGCAUCUGUCCCACGGAAAGUACAACUCCGCUCCGCUCUUCAUGCUGGACUUGUACAAAACUCUGUCGAGCGAGGAGAAGAGCCAAGUGGAAGGCGCGCUGGAGACGCAUCGGACCGCGCCGGCGACCCAGAGCCCACCUCUGGCCACAUAUCAAGAAACGGCCUUUCUGAACGACGCGGAUAUGGUGAUGAGCUUCGUUAAUUUAGUGGAGUACGACCGGGAGCUCUCCCCACACCGGCGCCACCACAAGGAGUUCAAGUUCAACCUGUCGCAGAUCCCGGAGGGCGAGGCCAUCACGGCGGCAGAGUUUCGCCUUUACAAGGAGUGCGUGAGCCAGGCGUUUCGCAACGACACCUUUCUGCUCAAAGUCUACCAGGUGGUCAAGGAGCACCCUGACAGGGAGGCAGAUCUGUUCCUCCUGGAGUCUCGGAGGCUGUGGGCCGCUGAAGAGGGAUGGCUGGAGUUUGACAUCACGGCGACCAGCAACCUGUGGGUGAUGAGUCCGACGCAUAACCUGGGCCUGCAGGUCAGCGUGGAGACCAGCAGUGGGCAGACGGUCAGCUGUAAAGACGCGGGACUCGUGGGACGCGACGGCGCGCUGGAGAAGCAGCCGUUCAUGGUGGCCUUCUUCAAGGUCAGCGAGGUGCACAUCCGCUCCGCCCGCUCCGCCGGCGGAAAACGCCGGCACCAGAAUCGCAACCGCUCCACACAGACCGCAGAGGGAUCCAGAGGCUCGGGCCAAACAGAUUACAACAGCAGCAAUCAGAAGACGGCGUGCAAAAGACAUGAGCUGUACGUGAGCUUCAGAGAGCUGGGCUGGCAGGACUGGAUCAUUGCCCCAGAAGGCUACGCUGCCAACUACUGUGAUGGAGAGUGCUCCUUCCCCCUGAAUGGCCACAUGAACGCCACCAACCACGCCAUCGUGCAAACCCUGGUGCACCUGAUGAACCCUGAGAAUGUACCCAAGCCGUGUUGCGCCCCCACCAAACUCCACGCCAUCUCGGUGCUCUUCUUUGACGACAACUCCAACGUCAUCCUGAAGAAGUACAAGAACAUGGUGGUACGCGCCUGUGGCUGCCACUGACACCAGCCGGGACCGGUCGCUCCCUGUUGGGCAAGACUCACCACAGUCGGACUCCCUUUUCAUUUCUGCCCCCCCCCCCCCAACCCCACUCCCACCCCAGCCUGGAGGUUAGCGGGGUCGAUUUCAAUAAUCAAUCCACCCAGUAACAUGGGGACGAGGAGGAGAUCAAUACCAGCCCGAGAAGUGACUGCAUCUAACAGGCGACUUCUCUCCAUUCCAGCGUUGAGCCGGCCUCUUUGUUAGCCGCACACUUCAGACUUCACCUCGUGGACUUUGUGUGUCUGAGAAGAGUGUUUAGCUUGUGUAUCGUGUGUUUAUUGAACUGUAAGAGUGGAAGCCUGACAGGCGGAUCUGUUGCGGGACCGGAGUGCUGCUUUCUUUCCUCAUCUCCUCUCUGAUGGAAAACGCGGCGGAUCAAGUCCCCGAGGAGACGCAGAAGAUCAGUUUCGCUGUGAGGCCAGCCCGAUCGCCCGCUCUGCCCAUAGAAAAUCUACGUUUCAGAGAGUCAACUAGGCCAGUGGUAACUUUGCAGCAAAUGUUAGCUGACGCGUCAGUCAGUACACUCAUAUUUAUCCUCCUUCCUACUGUAUUUUCCUCGCAAGCCAUAUUUACUUUCCCCAAAAAUAUAAUUUGGACUCAACCAAAACGACCGCGUUCUGUUUUAGCAGCGGACUCCUCCAAAUAAUGCUCUCUGUGUCAAUAUUUGCCAGGCGCGGGCCGAGAUGCGAUUCUCCAGGCUGGUUCAAACACGGUCCGUGUUGUUGCCAAACUCCUCUGUUUUUCUGCAAAAAAAAUAAAAAAAAUUAUAAAAAAAAGAGGAGAGAAAUUCAGCCCUUUUAGCCGCCUACACGCCACAAACCGUCGUUUCUGUUUUGCUACACCUGCAAAGCUCACAAACACGUCUAACCCCGACAAGGGAUUGUGGGGGAAAACAUUUACAGAGACUAAAACAGACCGUACACGAGGGCUUUGCUUCUGUGACCCUGAGAGCGACACUAUGCUCAGAUUUAGCUGCAGUGCCUUCCCAUCUGAGCCUUAAUUAACGUGGAAUAUUUAAGAGAACAUAUUUGAACAAAGAAAAGCAAACCUUGUAUCCAAACCAGUUAAAAGUACCCUUUGUGCCUAACCGAUCUUAAAUCUUAUAUACCUCUGGAAAGCUGCUGUUUACAUUUGUGAUCAUGUUAAGACUGUUUUCUGUAAAUACGUGUACAUUUUCAGCUUAUUUAUUGCACCUUUUAUUGAGAAAACUCCACAUUAAAGCCAGAAAUUGAACAAAAAUAUAUAUACAAAAUUAUUUUUGCAAAUUUUAUUAUGAAAUCUUGUUACAAUUUGCUUUUUUUUUUUUUUUUUUUUACAAAACCUUGUGGGUAGAGCACAACCCAUGGCCCAUGAAAAGACAAAAUAUAUACUUCUGUCACCGGACUUUUUUUUUUUUUAGACCCAUGUGCUAUUCAUAAAAAGAUUACUGACAUAAAA